AUGACAAAGACAAAAAGCUCAAUUAUUGCAAGAAACCUUGCUUUUGUAUCAGCCAUCGUUGCAGCAAUUGUCAUGGCCACCGGUUCUGAGAAAAUUGAAACAGAUGAUUACGUAUUCAUAGCAAAAUUCGACAACUGGAAUAGCUUCAAGUACUUCUUUGCUGCAAAUGUCUUUGGAGGCCUUUAUAACCUUCUUGUACUUCUUCUUCCUUCUGGGAGUUUGCUUUGGCGCCCGGUGCUCGGCCUAGACAUGGUGGUCAACGUUAUCCUAAGUACAAGCUUGUCAGCAGCUUUUAGGACGGUGAAGGCAGGAAACUCUCAUACCAAUUGGUCACCUGUUUGCAUCUACGUCCCUAAUUUUUGUGGCAAAGUAUUUGGAGCCCUCAUCAUGGGUUCUAUUGGAUGCACAGUUAAUUUUCUUCUUCUUUGUUACUCUUUACAUGUGAUUGUAAAUCCCCUUCUUCUACUUCCUGAAUGA